UUUAUUUCGAAGGCGGCAGUACGAAUGACUCUCCAAAGUGGUAUUCACGCUGACCCAUAUGAAACAUCUAAACUAGCAGAUUGUAAAAGCCUUUCGUAUAGAGCCGUGAAGCUCAUCAUAGAUAAAGAAAAGAUAGUUUUACUUAUGAAAAUACCAUCUAAAGGUUCUUGGGAAGAUGAUUUUGAUGUUGCGAUGGGGAAGCUUUUAGAUGCCAGCUCUCCGUGUUAUGUGUUUUAUCGUCUCGAUUCCGUCAACUCUUUUGGAAGCGACUGGAUUUUUAUAUGUUAUGUUCCUGAAAGUUCUGACGUGCGUCUAAAAACGAUAUAUGCAGCCACUAAAGCAACUGUUCUUAAGCAGUUUGGAGAUAACUUAAUUAAGGAUGAUAUAACAAUAAAUUGUGUGGGUGAAAUGAACUUAAGGGCCUAUAAAAAAAUUAUGGAAAGUAAAACUGCACCUGGACCUUAUACUGAGGCUGAAAUUGAGGUGGCUGGCAUACACACAGGAGAAGUGACCACUGGACUGCAUUCCAGCUAUCAAACAAUCGGUGGUGUUUCAUUCGCGCUUAGUCCUGAUUCUCGCUCUGUGUUAAAGAAUUUUGGUUCGGGAGAGUGUGAUUACGUUCAGUUAAAAUGUGAUAUCCUUAGUGAAACUAUCAAAGUUUGCGGGACUCGUGAACAUAUUACGCCAAAACAAAUAGCAGAAAUUUGUCCAGAAAAAGAAGGUCGUUAUCAUCUUUUUCGUUUCCGUUAUAUGCUUGAAGGCGAGGAACAUUCUGCUACCUUUUUUAUUCAUACAAUUUCUGGCAAUCAAAGCCCAAUAAAAAGCCGAAUGUUGUAUUCUAGUUGCAAGGCAGCUUUACUAACUCGGUUGGAGCGUGAAUUUGGAAUAACCUUUGAUCAUAGAUUUGAAAUUGAUGAAAUCGAUGAACUAACUACACAAUAUUUAAUGGAUAUUUUAUAUCCUAAACAAGAAGAAAAACAGUUUAUAUUUCAAAAACCCCAAGGUCCUAUGGGACGCCGUCCUAGAACACAUAUACAUUAAUAUUUACUUUUGGAUUUUGUCAUUCAUAAUUAUAAAAUAUUCUUAUAAUUAUAACUGUUUUAUUGCCUUCUAUUUCAUGAAUUUCAUUGAUUUAUUCACUUCAGAAUAUAUUGAUAUACAUACUUUUUCGAUUUGAUCAUUAUCCAAUUUUUCAUUCUUAUAUUUCUGUUAAAGAGAAGGUGUAUGAAAGGAUUAAUUUUACUGCUGAAUCUGUACAUCGCAUAUAUACAUAUAUCGGUUUUGUUUCUACUGUACAACCAUAUACAUUUAUGAAAUCGUAUAGAGUGCCCUUAAUGAAAUUGGAUGAUUUCGGUAUAAAAAAAAUUCCUCUACAUAUAUCUCGUCUUAUCAUAUUGCCUUAAUAGAAAUGAGUGAAAUUCUACUCAAAUUUUUUCUUUCCAAUUCAUGUAAUAGUAUUAUCAAUGAACAGUCGAAAAUGUUCACCGAUGCAGUUCCUCAUAUAAUAGAUAUAUAUGUACUUUAUUUUCAUUCCUGAUUAUUUGUUUAGAUACAGCUGUUGUCUUGGCUAUUUUCCUUUUUGUUCUAUUUUUCUUUUAUAAAAACUUCCUGUCUAUCACUUUGUAUAAUGUAUGCAUUGAUUUUAUUACAUAUAUAUACAUUAUGUUCAGCACAGA